CUCGCUAAAGAUAAGGGUUUUUUACGGCCUAAGAGCAUAUUUGUUUCUAUAUUGCAGUUUAUCUUAUACCAUUUUUGACGGACUUUCAUUGUCGGUUGCCGGAGGGCAAAAUUAUUGAAAUAGGUUUUCAUCGUUAAUUGCCGAAACGUCAGUUCGUAUGAAUGGCUCUUUAUUUUUUAUUUGCCUUACAAACCAUUUUCAAGACCCAGGUAAUAAUUUUCAUCCUAUAUUCUUAGAAUACCUUACCGUUUCAUUUCCUAUCAGUUUCCUUUCCUCCAUCACUAGGAAUAGGUUUCAUUGUAACUUCAGGAAAGGAUCAUAGUCGAGUUUUUCAUUUGAAUUUACCUUUGGUUAUCCUUAUAGACGGAUCUUACUGGCCUGGACAACACAAAUGCAUUGCAAGAAAUGAGACAAUAUUACUUGGAGACUGUUAAAAAAAUUAAGGAUGAUGUAUCAAAACACAUCUCAAAGACAAAAGAAAACGCAUCUACACGAAUCAGAAACGAAGUUGCAAAGGAAAAGAAACAGCUGAUUAACCAAAUUCGAAAGAGAUAUCUGAAAAGUCUGAAGGCUGAAAGCGCGAAGGAUCAGUCGGGUCGACGAGAAGUGGCAAUCUUGCAAAUACUGAAAGAAGCUGAUAACGAAGGAUAUGGUGAAGCUGACUUUACGGAAGACAGUAAAGAAAACAUGUUAAGAGGAAAGUUGUCCUACCCCUCAUCUGAGGUGACUCAGAAACCACCUUCUUACGUCAUGACGUCUGGGCCAACACAACCGGUCGGUGUCCCAACUCCAAAGAUAACUGAUGCAGUUAGAGGAAAACGUGCCCCAGCUCGCGGACACAAAAAAGAUUCUUCUCCAAACACUUCUAUGUUCUCUUGUGAAUCAAACGGAACAUUUUACACAGAACUACCGUCUACAUUCACUGCUACACCUUCGCCAGAAAAAAUUGUUAAAAAAUGUUUUAGAUAGUAACUUAUAAUUGUUUUCCAAUUCGUUGUUAAUGUUUUAUUAAUGGAUCAAAAGUGAAAAUUACGCAUUUCGAAAAUUGUCGAUUUACUCUUAGUUUAAGCUUAUGUUGUCUUUGGCCCAUGAAAAAAUACUUUAAAAGCGUGUUUCUCGCAUCACAGAUGAAACAAAUAUGAUUCAGCGACCUUUUAUUUCAUGAUUCUCUUUGGAAACUUAAGUCUUAAGAUAAUGCCAGUCUCCUACCCUCAAUCCUGGCUGUCGGAAAUCCAAUCAAGUGUCACGGACUAAACGAAAGUUUCCUUCCUUGUUCUGAGAUUCUUGGAAGAAAAGCAACCCAUCUAAGUUUGCUGCCACAAGCUAUGUAGCACAGUACAGUACUUGUCCAUUACAAUCCGAUGCAAUCGUAUUUUAAUAUGUAUAGUACAUUUGGUAUUUUAUUACGUUCGUACUGCAUUGAACAUGUUUUAACGCCAACACGUGUGUUUAUUCUUUACGAGCGUCUUGGUUUCCGCUAUGUACUUUUAUACAUUGCUGUGACCAGAACAACCAAGGUUUAGGCUUGCAAAACUUUUCUCCGGCUCCUGGGCAGGAUCAAAGAGCAUGAUUGAUAAGAUCAAAAGCAAAUUUCAAAAUUGUUCAAUGGAUGGUUUGAGAAAUUUUCUGACCAUAUCUCUAAGACCAGCUAAAACGUCUUCGAAAGAUAUGUUUGAAAAAGGCUUUGAUAAAAGCAAACAUUUUACAUCAUAUUGGCUAAGAGCUUUUUCGUCUGACACUCCUCAGAGCAUAAAAUGUCAGAAAUUUUUGGCGGUACAGAACUUGAAAAUGGCUUUAAAAAAAGCAAACUUGUCACAACAUGCUUAACUCCUUUCGUCUUAUACUCUUUAGAGAAUAAAACGUUAGAAUAGAGGUCCGAAAGAACACGAUUAAAAAUAUAUACCCAGUUGUGUAUCGAAAUAAGCCAAUCAGAAAAAACGCAAGGACAAGACCGGUAUAGUUGACCAGUCAGUACCGCGUGCUUAAAGAAAAAGCCGCCAUUGUGUAGACAAAAGGAGUUCGUUUUCUCUCUUGGACUCCAGUGGUAAUUUUUU